CAUGUACACCGUGAUUUUUUUUAUAACAGUGCAGUAGAUAGUUAAAGUUUUGUAAUGUAUAUAUAUACAUACACUGUUUAACCGCAUAUACCCUUCCACUUAUAGUUACUAUAGCCAUGUGUACGACUGACCCUUAGAGAAAUGGCGACAAUAAAGUUUUAUAUUGGUUUUCAGAAACUCUCCCCCGUUAUUCUUCGUAUUGAGGAGGAAAUACUUAAAAACAUAUUUUCAGGUCACUGUGAAGGAGAUCCGUGCAUGAACGGAGCAACAUGUAACGAAGUUCGUGAUGGCUAUGAGUGCAUAUGUCCUACGGGGUAUAAGGGCACUGACUGUGAAGGUAUUGAACGUAGGAUAUCAUUUAAAACAGUAAACAUACUUAGUGGAACGCAAAACACGCAAAAAAAUGUUUUUUUUCACACCCUUUAUCCCGCAAUAAAACGCCAUGUCGUUGAUUACUAUCCCGCAAUAGAAAACCACGCUGUUAAUUAAUUAAGAAAUUUUGAA